CCAGUACAGUACCUAAUCCCGUAUAUUUCUGAGAGUACGGAACCAUAACAAUUAACUUUAAGUUAAUAUUUGAUAGUAUAGUUCAUCAUUCAUCGUUCAUUGCUGUGAAACUUUAACUGUCAUUCUCACUUAUUUCGAAUUUCAACAUUUUCAAUUCAUGCAAUCAUUUGUCAAAGAAGUUAGGAACAAGUCUGUCGUGUUUACUUUUACCACUCUCUGCAUAAAGUAGUUAAAAGUUUUCAAGUUUAUUUUACAAAAGAAAUACGUCAAAAGCAACUAUCUGAAAGAAUAUCAUAAGGAACCAUUCUAAAAAAUAAUCUUUUAAGAAUGGCACAGGCUAAAGCAGACAUUGCUCUUAUUGGGCUAGCAGUUAUGGGCCAGAAUUUAAUUCUGAACAUGGACAGCAAAGGAUUUGUUGUGUGCGCUUACAACAGAACUGUAGCCAAGGUGGAAGAAUUUCUCAAAAAUGAAGCCAAGGGAACUAAAAUCAUUGGGGCUACUUCACUGGAAGAUAUGGUGGCCAAACUCAAGAAACCAAGAAAAGUUAUGUUACUUGUGAAGGCUGGAUCGGCUGUAGACGAGUUUGUUCGGAAGCUAGUGCCCCUUCUUGACAAAGGCGACAUUAUAAUUGAUGGUGGAAACUCACAGUACAUAGACACACAGCGUUGGUGCAAAGAACUCGCCUCAUCUGGUGUCCUUUAUGUGGGAAUGGGUGUGAGUGGUGGUGAAGAUGGAGCUCGUUAUGGACCUUCCCUGAUGCCUGGUGGACACGCUGCUGCUUGGCCUCAUGUUAAACCAAUAUUCCAGGCUAUAUGUGCGAAAGCCAAUAACGAGCCUUGCUGCGAUUGGGUGGGUGAGGAUGGCGCUGGCCAUUUCGUCAAAAUGGUCCACAACGGUAUCGAGUAUGGUGACAUGCAGCUCAUUUGUGAAGCUUACAAUCUGAUGAAAGAUGUCCUAGGUAUGGAGCAAGGUGAAAUGGCUGAAGUAUUUGAAGAAUGGAACAAAGGAGAGUUAGACUCAUUCCUUAUCGAAAUAUCAAGGGAUAUCUUAAAAUUCAAGGAUUCAGAUGGUAAAUAUUUACUGCCAAAGAUUUGCGACACAGCGGGACAGAAGGGCACAGGAAAGUGGACUGGUAUUGCAGCCCUAGAGUAUGGUGUACCUGUGACCCUUAUUGGUGAGGCAGUGUUCGCUCGCUGUCUUUCAGCCCUUAAAGAUGAGCGAGUUAAGGCAAGCAAAGUAUUGCCUGGAUCCACCACCAAAUUCAGUGGUGAUAAAAAACAGUUCCUGGAACACCUGCGCAAAGCUCUUUAUGCUAGCAAGUUGAUAUCGUACGCGCAAGGCUUCAUGCUACUUCGUGAAGCCGCCAAGUCGAACCAAUGGAACUUGAACUACGGCAGCAUAGCUCUAAUGUGGCGUGGUGGCUGUAUUAUCAGAAGCGCGUUCCUUGGCAACAUCAAGGACGCGUUCACUAAGAACCCUCAGCUGACGAACCUGCUAUUGGACCCAUACUUCUGUGAGCGCAUCAGUGGUUCCCAGCAGUCUCUGCGGCAGGUGGUAGCACAGACAGCACUCGUCGGUGUUCCUGCGCCCGCUUUCUCCGCCGCCCUCGCCUUCUACGACGGCUAUAGAUCUGCUGUACUCCCAGCUAAUAUGCUCCAGGCUCAAAGGGACUAUUUCGGCGCGCACACCUACGAACUUAUUACCAAGCCAGGAGAAUUCGUACAUACAAAUUGGACUGGCCACGGUGGCAACGUGUCUGCUUCAACAUACAAUAACUAAAUUAUUGUUGUAUUGUUACCUAUGUAGGGACCAGAAAUAACAUACAAUAAGUCUAUUUUUGUGUAAUGUGGGUGCAAUUUAUUAAUUUAUGCUAUGUUUUUAUAUGCUACAAUCGCUUAUGUAUAACGUCAAUACGGUGGCUGGGAUAUGCAACGCAUUCGGUCACGUUAUUACUGCAUGGUGCUAGAGCAUCUUAUUAUUACGGAUGUGCCUUUUUGAGGAAAAGGGAUAUAUUUUUGAAUAUUAUUUACAUUUUUCAAAAUCAUUCCUAUUUACGUUAUCUUUGGGUAGUUAAUGAAGUGACGUGAUGAUAAAAUCAUUCCGUAUUUCGUUGUUAUUUUUAAAGGUAUAUAAAUCUUUUAGGUAGUUAAGAAUAAAAAUAAUUCGUCACCAAAUGCAAUACGUAAUAGAGUGCUAUGUAAAGCCUUUAUCUUCUCCAUCGACGUUUUGCCUCAUUGCCUAAAAUCUACGAAAAACCAAUUUUAAUACACCCGUCACAAUACGCGGUCAACGAAGUUAGCUAGUUAACUGCACCAACAGACGGUAAGCGCUGAUGACAGGGCUGAUAGUCAGGAUGUACUGUCAGCCUUGUUUCUAGCCUUUGCCCUCAAUGCGUUGUCUAUAUGGUAAGCCGUCGAUGAUCGUUUCCUUCUGCUCUUCUAAUACUUUCACCCUUUUAUUUUUAUGUGACAACAGUUGUUUUAUUGUUAAGUCCAUCCUGCACUUUGAAUAAAGUUCAAGUUUAUAUUAUAAAUAAUGUAUUUGGUGACAAAUUUAUUUAUCUUUGUAAUAAACAAAUAUUUAUGAAACUCAAGAGACAUUUAAUUAGUGAUCUAAAUAAAAUGUAUUGUUUUGGAUGAUAUUGUGAUGGUUGUAUUGCCUUUUUAAAAUCUAAGUGAACUGCUUUUUGGGGCGCAUACUAUUUUUGACAAUUUUUUUUUUUCAUAAAUAAAUUAUUAACAAAAUAAAA